CAGAGGCGGCGGGCCGGCUGGGGACGCGGGGAAGCAGCUCCCGCCAGUCGCCGUGCGCCAGCCCCUGACGUCAGGAGUUUUCCUCAAAGUCAACAACAAGCCUGCGGCGGCGGCGGUGGCGAGAGCUGAUCAGCGGCGGCCCCAUAGGGAGGAGGGGGCGGGGAGGCGGCGGCGGGCCCCCCAGCGGGGCGCGGCCCGAGAGGAGGCCGCAGACCCCCGACCCGCGCCAGGCCGCCAGGGCCCAGAGCCUCCACCCGCCGCCGCCUCGCCUCGCCGGCGCGACCCGGCCCCCGCCCGAGCGGAGUUUUCUGGUGAUGAAUUGAAUUUGUAGCCGAGAUCCGAUUCCCACGUAGAGUCUCCGCCCCCUCCCCCCGCCGCCUCCCUCCUCCCGCCGCCGCCGCCGCCGCCGCUGCCGCCGCCGCCGCCGCCGCCGCCGCCGCCUCCUCCCGCUCCAGCUCCGCGGCCCGGCCGGCUCCCUCCCUCCCUCCCCUGCAGCCCGCCGCCUGCCCUCCCGCCGGCCACACCGGCUCCAGGGGGGCCAGAGGCUCUGCGGGGUGGGGGGAGGACAGGAGGGGAGGAGGAGGGAGGGGGACCCCCGAGUCGCCCCCUCUCCUCCCCCCGCCCCCCGGCUCCAUCCUCCGCCGCCGCCCGAGCAGCUGCGGGGCCGCCGCCGCCGCCUUUGCAGGCUGAGUCAUCACUAGAGAGUGGGAAGGGCAGCAGCAGCAGAGAAUCCAAACCCCAAAGCUGGUAUCACAAAGUACCUUUUCUCCAAGUUGGGGGCUCAGAGGGGCGCCAUCAUGAGCGAUGUUACCAUUGUGAAAGAAGGUUGGGUUCAGAAGAGGGGAGAAUAUAUAAAAAACUGGAGGCCAAGAUAUUUCCUUUUGAAGACAGAUGGCUCAUUCAUAGGAUAUAAAGAGAAACCCCAAGAUGUGGAUUUACCUUAUCCCCUCAACAACUUUUCAGUAGCAAAAUGCCAGUUAAUGAAAACAGAACGACCAAAGCCAAACACAUUUAUUAUCAGAUGUCUCCAGUGGACCACUGUUAUAGAGAGAACAUUUCAUGUAGACACUCCAGAGGAAAGGGAAGAAUGGACAGAAGCUAUCCAGGCUGUAGCAGACAGACUCCAGAGGCAAGAAGAGGAGAGAAUGAAUUGUAGUCCAACUUCACAAAUUGAUAAUAUAGGAGAGGAAGAGAUGGAUGCUUCUACAACCCAUCAUAAAAGAAAGACAAUGAAUGAUUUUGACUAUUUGAAACUACUAGGUAAAGGCACUUUUGGGAAAGUUAUUUUGGUUCGAGAGAAAGCAAGUGGAAAAUACUAUGCUAUGAAGAUUCUGAAGAAAGAAGUUAUUAUUGCCAAGGAUGAAGUGGCACACACUUUAACUGAAAGCAGAGUAUUAAAGAACACUAGACAUCCCUUUUUAACAUCCUUGAAAUAUUCCUUCCAGACAAAAGACCGUUUGUGUUUUGUGAUGGAAUAUGUUAAUGGGGGAGAGCUGUUUUUCCAUUUGUCGAGAGAGCGGGUGUUCUCUGAGGACCGCACACGUUUCUAUGGUGCAGAAAUUGUCUCUGCCUUGGACUAUCUACAUUCCGGAAAGAUUGUGUACCGUGAUCUCAAGUUGGAGAAUUUGAUGCUGGAUAAAGAUGGCCACAUAAAAAUUACAGAUUUUGGACUUUGCAAAGAAGGGAUCACAGAUGCAGCCACCAUGAAGACGUUCUGUGGUACACCAGAGUAUCUGGCCCCAGAGGUGUUAGAAGAUAAUGACUAUGGCCGAGCCGUGGAUUGGUGGGGCCUUGGGGUUGUCAUGUAUGAAAUGAUGUGCGGGAGAUUACCUUUCUAUAACCAGGAUCAUGAGAAACUUUUUGAACUAAUUCUAAUGGAAGACAUUAAAUUUCCUCGAACACUCUCUUCAGAUGCAAAAUCAUUGCUUUCAGGGCUCUUGAUAAAGGAUCCAAAUAAACGCCUUGGUGGAGGACCAGAUGAUGCAAAAGAAAUUAUGAGACACAGUUUCUUUUCUGGAGUAAACUGGCAAGAUGUGUAUGAUAAAAAGCUUGUACCUCCUUUUAAGCCUCAAGUAACAUCUGAGACAGACACCAGAUACUUUGAUGAAGAAUUUACAGCUCAGACUAUUACAAUAACACCACCUGAAAAGUAUGAUGAGGACGGUAUGGAUUGCAUGGACAAUGAGAGGCGGCCGCACUUCCCUCAGUUCUCCUACUCCGCGAGCGGGCGAGAAUGAGUCUCUUCUGCUACUUCACUGUCAUCUUAGAUUUGUGACUGAAAAUGAUUCCUGGACAUCACAGCAGUCCUAGCUCUUACAAAUGCAGGAGCACCUUCAGACAUCCCAGACCAGUCCAAGGUCUUCGCCCCUCGCCGCCUUUCACCCACAUGAGAACACACAUAUAUGCAGACAUACUCGACUUUUGUUUUUGCAUGAAAUUGUAUCUCAGUCUAAGGUCUCAUGCUGUUGCUGCUACUGUCUUACUAUUAUAGCAACUUUAAGAGGUAAUUUUACAAUCUUUGGAAGUCAUGAGCCCACCAUUGUUCUUUUGUGCACCAACUGUCAUCUUUUGGUCUUUUAAUUUUUGUUUUUCCCUAACAGUGAAGGCUAAACGAUUCUAGGUACAUUUUUUAACUUUCUAGACGAUAAAUCAAAAACUAAUUAGACUAAGAAGAUUUAGUUUAUAAUUCAGAACAAGCAAUUGUGGAAGCGUGGUGAUGUGCAUAUGCAAAAUUUUAGUAAAGCAUAUCAGAUCAGUGCGUAAAAUAGGUUAUGUAUCAGUAAGAUCCUACUGGAAUUCAUUAGGAAGCAUUUGAGAGAAGGAAUGAACAACUAUUAAGAUAGAUAUAUACAUUUAUAAAUUUAAAUUCUUAUUCGAUACUGCAGAGGAAGCCUGGUAUUACAUGUGGAUGUCCAGAUUUCACAGGCAGUUGUUGGCAAAGGAACAUUGUUCGACCAAGGAAGGAAGCAUAUGCACAGCAGAGUAGGUCACGUAAAGGGUCUAUGAUAUGAUUUGCACCAGAGAGCGUUUUAUUUCCCCUGUGCUUGGAAACCUUUUUCCCUUCUUGAUAUUAUCACCUCUGAUGGCUGAAGAAUGUAGACAGGUGUAAUGAUCCUGCUUUUCACCAAAAUUUGUACACCAAGGUAAACAGGUGUUUGCCUUAUUUGUUUUAAUUUUUUACUUUCAGUUCUACGUGAAUUAGCUUUUUCUCAGAUGUUAAAACUUUGAAUGUCCUUUUAUGAUUUUGUUUAUGUUGCAGUAGUAUUUAUUUUUUAGUGAUGAGAAUUGUAUGUCAUGUUAGCAAAUGCAGCUCCAACUUAACAUAAAACAGACUUACUGCAGUUUCUUUUGACCUAUGUGCAAGGAAUGUACACGCCGAUGAGAAUCAUGCACUUUUUCUCCUAUGUAAAAAAAAAUUUGAUGAGGCUCUGAAAUUGUACAUAUAAAUUAGAAUUUGGCUUUAGGAGAAGAGAUGCUGUCAUUUAACCCCUUGGUGCUAAAAAUGAGAAAUCCCCAACUAUCCAUGCCAAGGGGUUGAAGCAAAUGGAUGUUAUAUUUGCUCUUUUGAGAAUUGAAAUAUUAUGAUGGCCUGGCAACAUAAUGUAAUGAAGAAAAUUGAGACCUGGAUGAUAAGAAAUGAACUUUACUUGGCAAAACGAACACAUCUCAAGUAUUUACGAAGUGGGCAGUAAAGGAUAAGGACCUGGUGUGUUUAUUCUGAUCAUGGUACAUUUAUCACUGAAUUAAGCCAUCAGGGAAAAAACAAAACAAAAAAGAA